UUUCGGGCAAUAUGUGACAUCAUAAUAUUGCAGAUCGGGCAAAGGCACGGAGGUUUCCUGGGUUUACUACAGAGAGCGCUAGCGCGCGCCUCGCCUCAUAUCUGGUUUGAGCGGUCCGAGGUGAAGGAUAGACACGCUGUUGCUAAAAGGCUCAAAGAGCACAUAUCCGUCGCGGACAACCCUCCGAUCCUUAUCUUCCCGGAGGGGACUUGCAUCAACAACACCUCAGUCAUGCAGUUCAAGAAGGGAAGCUUCGAAGUGGGAGGCACCAUCUACCCUGUCGCUAUCAAAUACGACCCUCGCUUCGGCGACGCGUUCUGGAACAGUUCACGUCACGGCAUGCUGCACUAUUUACUCAACAUGAUGACGUCAUGGGCGAUUGUGUGCGACGUGUGGUAUCUACCAGCCAUGCAUCGAGCGCGAGAUGAAUCUGCAGUAGACUUCGCGAAUAGAGUAAAGGCGGCGGUCGCAAGGCGCGGUGGCCUGGUUGAUUUACAGUGGGACGGCCAACUAAAGCGAAUGAAGGCGAAAAAGGAAUGGCGGGAGCUACAACAGGAGGAAUUCAGUAAACGGUUAAAAGGCGAGUAGAACCGCGUGACGAUACAGCGGAGCUGUGACACGCCGUGCGGAGCUGUGACAGUACGCGGUGCGACGCUGUGACAUCACGUGACGGGGAACUGUUACAGUAACAGUGACAUGACGUGUCGAAGAAUUGACGGUGACCUGGAUCUGUUACAAUAACAGUGUCGCUGUGACAUCACGUGUCGAGGAACUGACAGUGUCCCGUACCUGUUAUAGUGACGCGGAGAUGUUACAGUAUGUGUGACAGUGACGCGGAUCUGUGACGAGAAGUGUAACGGUGACACGGAGCUGUGACGACGUCACGUGGAACUGUGUCAGUGACGCGCAGCUGUGACAGAACGUCACGUGAACUGCGGAGCUACCACAAUACGUGUUGCGGACUGUGACUGUACGCGGCAGUGUAACAGUGCGUUAUUCUGUGACUAAGUGAUUUAGUGUUGUGACUUUACCGGACGCCAUAUUGGAUUGAAGUUUAUUUAUAGACGCUAUGGCGAGGGAUUUUAUGGAGAGCAUUCUGUUUAAGACACUGUUUUUAGCAUCAUCAAGCUCAGAAUCUUACAAAAGAUUGUGAAAGAAGUUAAUUUCUAAAUUAUGUGUCAAUUGACAAUUUAAAAAAGUUUAAACUUUAAAGUACAUAUGUUUAUAUCUGUUGUCUGGUACCCAUAGUACAAGCUUUACUUAGUUUGGGACUAGAUGGCGCUAUCGGUAUAAAAUUGCCACAACAUUUUGAACCUUACACAUUUGUGUUAAAGUUCAAAAUGUAAUGGCGGUCAUUAAAAUGAAAAAUCUAGCUUGUUCUCCAUAAAAUCGCUCGUUGAAGUUUAUUUAUUUGUAGGUUAGGAUGAAGUCUUAAAAACUGCCUUUAGUUGUAAUGUUUUUAUUUUGCGCCGAAAAUGUAUUUAUUCCAAAAAAACAUUUUUGUACAAUCUUGAGUUACGCCAAUAUUUGUGAUGAUGACAUUUUAUCAUUUUGUGAUUUUUAGUGGCAAUAAAAUCUAAUUAUUUUUAAAGUAAGUAAGUAAGUCACGAUAGCCAAACGGUGA